AUGAGCCCAAAGCCUGUGAUUGGCCUUCUGGGCGGCGGCCAGCUUGGCCGCAUGCUGUGCCAAGCCGCAGCGCCCCUCGACGUCGAAAUCGCCAUCCUCGACGCUGAGAAUGCGCCGGCAAAGCAGAUCAACGACAACAGCCGCAAUAUCAAUGGCUCAUACAAGGACGCAGCCAAGAUCAAGGAAUUGGCUUCUCACUGCAGCGUGCUCAGCGUCGAGACCGAGCACGUGGACACAACUGUGCUGGAGGAGAUUGCGACGACGACCAAAGUCUCUGUCUGCCCGUCAUGGAAGACGCUGCGGCUGAUCCAGGACAAGUACGAGCAAAAGGCAUACCUGGCCAGCAAGGGGAUCCCCGUUGCCGAGUCUGUGGCCAUUGAGGGCGGCGAUGCCAUGUACGCCUCUCUCAAGGCCGUCUCUGCCAAAUUCGGCUAUCCCUGGAUGCUCAAGGCCCGAAAAGACUCCUACGACGGCCGAGGAAACCUCAAGAUUUCCAACGAGGCAGAUCUAGAGCGUGCCGUCGCCGAGUUUGGCAAGUUCAGCUGCUACGCCGAAAAGUUCUGUCCUUUCCAGUGCGAGCUGUCUGUGCUAGUCAUCCGAACAGAGGACGACGACGGCCGGACAAAGCAGCUGCUGCCCUACCCGGCUGUCGAGACGGUUCACGAGGACAACAUCUGCUCGCGGGUCUACUUGCCGCCUCGUGCCACGCCUGCUGCUGUGUGUGAGCGCGCCCAGCAGGUUGCCAGCAGCGUGGUGGACAAGCUCUGGGGCAGGGGCAUUUUCGCCGUCGAAUUGUUUGUGACCCAGGACAACGAGAUUUUGGUGAAUGAAAUUGCCCCUCGGCCACACAACUCGGGCCAUCUCUUUAUCGAAGCAGUGCCAUACAUGUCACAGUACAAGGCACAGCUCACCUCCAUCCUCGACGAGACGCUCCCCCCUAAAAUCGAACCCCACGUCUCUUCGAGCAUCAUGAUCAACAUUCUUGGAGGCGCCAACCCCGACUCUCAUCUGCCGCUUGUCGAAAAGGCCAAGUCCAUGUACGGCAACAAGAUGUCAGUCUACGUCCACCUCUACGGCAAAGAGUCCAAGCCUAGCCGAAAAAUCGGACACAUCACAGUCACUGGCGUCGUUGCCAGCAUAGCCGAGCUCGAAGAGUUUGCGAAACCCCUCGUCGACAUGGCCAGCAUCGUCAGACAGGAGAGAUUACAGGCCGGAAGCAAGUCUCUCCGACCAGACCAGGGAGUUUCCAAGCCAAAGGCAACACCGCUCGUCCUCGUCACCAUGGGCUCAGACUCAGAUCUGCCGGUGCUCAAGGCCGGCAUCGACAUCUUGAACCAGUUUGGCGUGCCGUGGGAGGUUGACAUCACUUCAGCACAUCGAACACCAGCCAAGAUGGCCGAUGUGGCCACCAAAGCAGCUGCCCGCGGCAUCAAAGUCAUCAUUGCAGCUGCAGGAGGAGCCGCCCAUUUGCCUGGAAUGGUCUCUGCCUACACGCCCUUGCCCGUCAUUGGCGUCCCAGUCAAGGCCACGCAUCUCGACGGCGUGGAUUCUCUGUACUCUAUUGUACAAAUGCCUCGAGGCGUACCAACCGCCACUGUCGGCAUCAACAACUCGACCAAUGCCGCUCUCCUCGCCAUUCGAUGUCUCGGUGCAUUUAUCCCCGAGUUCCACGCCAAGAUGAAGGCCUACCAGCUCGAAAACGAGAAGCUGGUCGAAGAAAAGGCCAACAAGCUGCGAGAGAUUGACGUGGAGGCUUAUCUGGCCCAGAUGAAGAAAUGA